GUAAAAUAAAUAAAUAAAUAAAGAUAGAAGACGUCAUUAAAAGAAAAGGGUGGGCAGGCCGCAGUAGGCACCAUGGUGCCGUUUGUGUAUUGUAAUUUGUAAUUGUACUUACACUCUUCUUUCUUGAUGUACUCUAAAGAAAAUGUGUAUAAGUGAAAUACGUCACAAGCCAACCAAAUCCUUUGUAAUAUAAUUUGUGAAUAAUUCUGAUCAUAUCAAGCAAAGGUUUGGUGUUUGGUGACAGAAACUGGAAGUGGAAGAACAUCAGAGUAGGAGAGCAUAUGAAUCUAGCCUUACAAUUAUAAUACAUAUGUACAUUGAUUGAUUGAUUGAAGGGUUGAGCAAAACCCAAAAGGGUGAUAUGGCCUCGGACGUGCCUUGUUGUGGGUCGCUAUUCUCGUUGUAUGUAUUGGUGAUUAUAGGUUUAGUAUGCUUUGCGGGACUCAUGGCCGGUCUCACUCUUGGUCUCAUGUCUCUUGGCCUUGUCGACCUUGAGGUCCUCAUGAAGUCCGGCCGUCCCCAGGAUCGAAAACACGCCGCUAAAAUUUAUCCUGUAGUGAAGAACCAGCAUCUUCUGCUUUGCACGCUUUUAAUGGGCAACGCCUUAGCAAUGGAGGCUCUUCCAAUAUUUUUGGACAAAUUAGUACCUCCUUGGGCAGCAGUUUUGCUAUCUGUCACUCUUAUUCUCAUGUUUGGGGAGAUAUUGCCUCAAGCAGUCUGCACUCGCUAUGGCUUGACUAUUGGAGCAAAAUUGGCACCAUUUGUUCGAGUUCUACUCAUGUUAUUUUUCCCAAUCUCUUAUCCAAUCAGUAAGGUGCUUGAUUGGAUGUUGGGCAAGGGCCACGCUGUCCUUUUAAGGAGAGCAGAGCUCAAGACCUUUGUGAAUUUCCAUGGGAAUGAGGCUGGGAAAGGUGGAGAUUUAACGCAUGACGAGACUACAAUUAUCACUGGGGCACUUGAAUUGACUGAAAAGACCGCAAAAGAUGCCAUGACUCCAAUAUCAAAUGCUUUUUCCCUUGAUUUGGAUGCAAAUCUUAAUUUGGAGACAUUGAAUUCAAUAAUGACCAUGGGUCACAGUAGAGUUCCGGUUUAUGCUGGCAAUCCCAAAAAUAUAAUUGGACUUAUUUUGGUUAAAAAUCUAUUGGCAGUUGAUCCAGACGAUGCAGUUCCAUUGAGAAAGAUGAUCCUGAGAAAAAUUCCUAGGGUUUCAGAAAACAUGCCUUUGUAUGAUAUUCUAAAUGAAUUUCAGAAGGGUCACAGUCACAUUGCUGUUGUCUAUAAGGAUCUAAAUGAGAAAAAAGAAACAAUUGGCCAGUCUGGGCCAUUGUCUAAGAAAGAUGAUAAGGUGGUGGGCCAUUCUGGUGCAAAAGAAAACUUUGGUUUUCAUGAUUCUCAAACAAAUAAAAGCAGUGGAGGACAGAUGAAGAAAAGUCCACCAUCUACACCAGCCUUUAAGAAACGACACCGAGGUUGUUCCUAUUGCAUUCUAGACAUUGAGAAUACUCCAAUUCCAGAUUUUUCACUUGAUGAAGAAGUUGUUGGAGUAAUUAGCAUGGAGGAUGUUAUCGAAGAACUUCUUCAGGAGGAGAUAUUGGAUGAAACAGACGAGUAUGUGAACAUCCAUAAUAGGAUUAAGGUCAACAUGCACGCGUCUCAAGAAAAUGCUUAUAAAUUGACUUCACCACAGCCUUCUCAGAACGGUUUAUCCAUUGCUACUGCACAUUCUCCGGACUCUAUUAGAGUAGGUGGUCCAGAUCAAACAUCAUCUUUAUCAGUCUCCAAUAUUGCCUCUGCAAAAGGGUCAAGCUGAAGGUGGCAUAUUAAUAAAUCGUGCUCUGCUCUGCUUUGAUGGAAUACGACUAGUUCAUUUCAUAUUCGGCAGUUUUUUACUCAUGGCCAUUAGCGUUUGACCAUUUUAUUUAGCAGGUCUUUCGUUUCAAGUCUUAUAUAAGAUCUAAAUACGACAACAAAAUCUUUUUUUUUAUUAUUAUUAUUAUUAAUUAGAUGUAUAAUUUUUUGUAAUUAAUUAAUUUGAAGAACUAGACUAAUAGUAUAUCAUCCGUUACAUAAGUUUGAUGAUGUUGAUAUAUAUAUUUUGUAUAUUUGUGUUUCAAAGUUGUAAACAAGGCAUACAUUAUGUUGAAUAUAUUGGAGUAAGUUUAUUUAA